CCUAGUUAGUAGUUGAUAAUUCCCAGCCGAUCUUCUUCCCACCCUUUUCUUCUUCCUCUUCCAGCCGAUCUCCUUCCUCUCUUCUUAUUCCUGUUUCCUUCCUUCCUCCCCUCCUGUUCCUAUGGCUUCUUCCUCAAACCCUACUACUCCUCUCAUGGCAGGCCUUGCCCCCAUGAUUACCAUCAAGUUAUGUUCCACAAACUAUGUCGGUUGGCGAACCUAGAUGUUGCCGAUCAUCACUUACCAAGGGUUACUUCCUCACAUCGAUGGCUCCCUUUCGCCUCCGUCUCUGAUGAUAAAAUCGGGUGAAAAAGACGUUGUGAAUCCUGAUUAUACUUCUUGGGCCAGAGACGAACAGCAAGCAAUCAUUCUCUUAAAUGCUUCACUGACUGAAGAAGCCCUUUCAGUCACUUUUGGACUCACUUCUGCUCGUGAGAUCUGGACUGCUCUUGAAGCAGCUUUUUGCAACACCUCUGUUGAACGAGUUCAAAAUCUUAGGGACCAUCUUCGUGCUCUCAAAAAGGAAGACAAGUCUGUUGUUGAAUAUGGUCGUGCUUUCAAAGCAAUCUGUGACCAACUCGCUGCUAUAGAACAUCCUGUUGAUGCCAUGGAUCAGCUUCACUGGUUCUUAUGUGGUUUAGGACCAAGUUUUGAAAGUUUCUCUACCACUACUCGAUCGGUACGUCCCAUUCCCACUUUUGUUGAUCUUUUAGCAAGUGCUGAAUCUCAUGAAUUGUUUAUCAAAAAUUUGCAUGGAAUUCAUGAGAAACCUACUGCUGCCUUUAUGGCCCAAAGCCAUGCCCAGCGGCCCAAUAUUCAUGGCAGUUCUUAUCGCCCGAAUAGGGCCUCUCAAGUCCAAUAUCGGCUAAAUAGGCCUCACUUUUAUAACAACAGGGGAUCCAAUAAAUCUUUUGGUCGCCAAAACCGGAACCCAAUGUGUCAACUAUGCAGGAAAUCCGGACAUUAUGCGUCUCAGUGUUUCCAACUAGCCUCUUAUGCUACUGCUGCCACACCCUCUCAAGAGCAGUUGGCUCAGGCUUUUCAUUCUCAAUGUCAUAUAAACUCAACCGUUCCUGACUGGACUUCGGACACCGGAGCCACUACACACAUGCUUCCCAACAAUACUUCACUUCAGAAUUCUACUCCCACCCAAGGAUCGCCAAACCAAGAAAACGCUAGCCCGGGGAUGCCGUGAAGACGGCCUUUAUGUUCUUCGCCAAACUCAUGAAGCUUUAGUUACUACAUCUUCGUGUCCAAAAGCUUCCUUUGAGUUAUGGCAUUCUAGACUUGGGCACGUUAAUUUUGAUACUCUUUCUAUGUUAAAAAAUAAUGGUUCUUUAUCGUUUACUUCUGUUUUACCUAAACCGGGUUUAUGUUCCCCGUGUGAACUUGCCAAAGCAAAAAGGCAACCAUUUUCCGUUAAUGAUAAACAUGCAUCCUUACCACUUGAAAUAAUUCAUUGUGAUCUA